AUGACUUCGGAAUGCGAAAGCGAACCAGGAUGGGUCUAUUUACGACAGUCAGCAGAGCAGCAGUUGGCCGCAGCAGCAAAGAAAUUCGACUCCAAAAAGAAUGUUUGGGUACCCGAUGCAGCUGAAGGAUUUGUAGCUGCAGAAAUAAAAAGCACAAAGGACGAUAUCAUUGUUGUUAUCACUAGUAAUGGGCAAGAAAAAACUUUCAAAAAAGAUGAAGCAAAGCAAAUGAAUCCACCUAAAUUUGAAAAAGCUGAAGAUAUGGCCGAUUUAACGUUUUUAAACGACGCUUCUGUUCUUCACAAUCUUCGUCAACGUUAUUAUUCUAUGAUGAUAUAUACUUAUUCUGGUUUGUUUUGUGUUGUCAUCAAUCCCUAUAAGCGACUACCAAUCUAUACGGAAAAUAUAUGCAGAAUGUAUAUUGGAAAGCGUCGUAAUGAAAUGCCUCCACAUUUAUUCGCAGUAUCAGAUGAAGCAUAUAGAAAUAUGAUAAAUGAUCGAGUUAAUCAAUCGAUGUUGAUCACUGGAGAAUCAGGAGCUGGUAAGACUGAGAAUACUAAGAAAGUUAUAUCCUAUUUUGCGACUGUAGGAGCAAAUCAACAACAACAACAACCGAAGAAAAAGAUAUCAAAAGUACAAGCCUCCAUUGAGGACCAAAUCGUUCGUACAAAUCCUGUAUUAGAAGCAUUUGGUAAUGCAAAAACUAUCCGUAAUAAUAAUUCGUCUCGUUUUGGAAAAUUUAUUCGAAUUCACUUCAACAACGCUGGAAAAUUAGCAAGUGCUGAUAUCGAACAUUACCUAUUGGAAAAGUCGCGUGUAAUCAAGCAAGCAUCAGGCGAACGAUCUUAUCAUAUUUUUUACCAAAUUAUGUCAGGCGAAAUCAAAGGACUUAAAGAAAAAUUGUUUCUCACUAGAGAUAUCCGUGAUUAUCAUUUGAUUUCACAGGCUGAGAUAUCUAUUGAUGGAGUCGAUGACAAAGAAGAAAUGCGAAUCACUGAUGAAUCAUUCGAUAUAAUGCACUUCACGGAACGUGAAAAGAUGAAUUUGUUCACAGUAGUUGCAGGAAUAAUGCAUAUGGGUGAAAUCAAAUUCAAACAACGCCCGAGGGAAGAACAGGCAGAAUGUGAAGAUCAAGCUGAAGGCGAUUUGGCUUGCAAAUUGUGGCAAGUCGAUCAAGAUAAAUUCAUUUCAUCACUUUUAAGGCCGAGAGUCAAAGUUGGCAGUGAAUGGGUUAGCAGAGGACAAAAUCUUGAACAAGUAUCAUGGGCCGUUGGAGCAUUGGCCAAGGCUUUGUUUGCUCGCAUGUUUUCGUGGCUUAUUAAGCGAUGCAACAAAACCUUAGAUGCCCAGAACUUAAGCCGUGAUUAUUUCAUUGGAGUUCUUGAUAUUGCUGGAUUCGAAAUAUUCGAUUUGAAUUCUUUCGAACAACUGUGGAUAAACUUUGUUAACGAAAAGUUGCAACAGUUCUUCAAUCAUCAUAUGUUUGUCUUAGAACAAGAAGAAUAUCAACGCGAAGGUAUAAAAUGGGAGUUUAUUGAUUUCGGCCUUGAUCUGCAGGCUUGCAUUGAGCUCAUUGAAAAGCCGCUUGGAAUUGUUUCAAUGUUAGACGAAGAAUGUAUCGUUCCAAAAGCCACUGAUAUAACAUUGGCUCAAAAACUCAAUGAUCAGCAUUUAGGCAAGCACCCAAAUUUCCAAAAACCAAAACCGCCAAAAGGAAAACAAGCUGAUGCUCAUUUUGCUGUGGUUCACUAUGCUGGUACUGUUCGAUAUAAUGUAACUGGUUGGCUAGAGAAAAAUAAAGACCCACUGAACGAUACAGCAGUUACGGUCCUAAAAGCCAACACUGGAAUGGAACUUAUGUCUCAAAUGUGGGAGGACUACAAGACACAGGAGGAUAUUGCAAAUCUGAGCAAAGAAGGAAAAUCAACAGGAAAGAAGAAAGGCAAAUCAGCAUCAUUCAUGACAGUUUCAAUGAUGUACCGAGAAUCGCUCAAUAAACUCAUGAAUGUGUUGUAUCAGACUCAUCCUCACUUUAUAAGAUGUAUUAUUCCGAACGAGCAUAAAAAAUCCGGUGUGAUUGAAGCUGAUCUUGUUCUCAACCAGUUAACAUGCAACGGUGUACUCGAAGGCAUACGAAUUUGUCGCAAAGGAUAUCCAAAUAGAGUUAACUAUAUAGAUUUUAAGCAGAGAUAUGGUAUACUAGCACCAGAAGCAGCAUCUGCCGUGGAUGCCAAAAAAUCAAGUGAAGCAAUAUGCGUUGAUCUCGAAAAAGUCGAAGUAUUGAAGCCGGAAGAUUAUCGGAUCGGGCAUACCAAGGUAUUUUUCAAAGCCGGAAUAUUAGCAAAUCUCGAAGAAAAAAGGGACAAUGCUCUUUCCAAAAUUAUCACGAAAUUCCAAAGCGCAUGCAGAUACUAUCAUGCACAGCUCGAUCUUUGUCGGCGCUUACAGCAAAGAGCUGGUGCCGUAAUUAUACAGAAAAACGUUCGUUCUUGGUGCAAACUUCGAAAUUGGAGUUGGUUCAAGCUUUAUAAUCGACUUAAACCACUGAUUAAGGGCAGCAAAAAGGAUGAAGAAUUCGUAGCACUCGAGAAGAAGUGUAAAGAACUUGAAGAAAACUUUGAUCGUGAAGAAAAAUUGCGUAAAGAAAUCGAAUUACAAAUUGCGAAGUUAACAAGUGAAAAAAAUCAGCUGUUUUUGCAAUUAGAGCAAGAACGAGACAUUGUCACCGAAAGUGAGGAGCGUUCGGCCAAAAUUUUGGCACAAAAAACGAAUGUGGAAAAACAGAUGAAUGACUUAAGCGAACAACUAAACGAUCUUGAAGAUAAAAAUGAAACAUUACAACGAAUUAAAAAGAAAUUAGAAAGUGAUAAUGAAAGUCUAAAAAAAAGUAUCGCUGAUAUGGAACUAAUAAUAAGAAAACAAGAAGCUGAAAAACAAACAAAAGAUCACCAACUUCGAUCGUUCCAAGAUGAAAUGAUUGCACAAGAUGAAAUGAUUUCUAAAAUGACUAAGGAAAAAAAAAAUCAAGAAGAGGUGAAUCAGAAAUUAAUGGAAGAUUUGCAUAUCGAAGAAGAUAAAAUAAAUCAUUUGACAAAAAUCAGAUCGAAGUUAGAGCAAAAUCUGGAUGAAAUCGAAAAUAGCUUAGAGCGUGAACGACGCAUGAGACAGGACGUCGAGAAGAGCAAACGAAAAAUAGAAGGCGAAUUGAAAAUAGCUCAAGAAAAUAUCGAAGAGGCUAUUCGUCAAAAGCAUGACAUCGAAAGUGCAGUAAAAAGGAAAGACCUAGAGCUUCAGUCAAUGAGCAAUCAACUAGAAGAUGAACAAGUUCUCGUUGGCAAAUUACAACGACAAAUUAAAGAAAUGACAGCAAAAAUUCAAGAGCUUGAAGAAGAAAUCGAAGCUCAAAAGCAAGCACGAUUAAAAUCAGAAAAAAUUCGAAAUGAAAUCCAACUCGAACUUGAAGAGUUAGGUGAUCGUUUAGACGAAGCUGGUGGAACAACACAAGCACAAAUCGAAUUAAAUAAGAAGCGUGAAGCUGAAAUCUGUAAAUUGCGACGCGAUCUUGAAGAAGCUGCUUUGAAUGCAGAAAAUACUAUAGCAGUACUUCGUAAAAAACACAAUGAUGCUGUAGCUGAAUUGUCGGAACAGUUAGAUAUCGUACAAAAAGCCAGAACCAAAGUUGAGAAAGAAAAAGUUACUAUGCAACAUGAGCUCGAAGAUUUUCGCCAUCAGAUCGAUGCUGAAGUAAAACAACGACAGAAUUUGGAUCGACUCGCUAAACAGCUCGAGGCGCAACUCAAUGAAUCGCAAAUAAAAAAUGAUGAGCAAGCUAGACAGAUGCAAGAUUUACUUGUAGCAAAAAAUAAAUUCCAAUCUGAAAAUAAUGAUUUUAACAGGCAAGUCGAAGAUUUAGAAAGCCAAUUGAACUUUCUAAAUCGGGCAAAAAAGCAGAUAACAAUGGAAAUGGAAGAGAUUAAACGCCAGCUAGAACACGAUAAUCGAGAAAAGCAGAGUCUUGCUGCGCAGAACGCAAAUCUUCAACUUGAAUGUCAACAACUUCGUGAAAUAAUAGAAGAGGAACAAGACGGUAAGACUGAACUACAGCGUCUUCUAUCUAAAGCAAAUGCUGAAGCACAACAAUGGAGGGCUCGUUACGAGGGAGAAGGAGUAAAUAAAACUGAGGAAUUAGAGGAAACUCGAAAGCGGCUGCAAUUUAAAGUCCAAGAAAUGCAAGAAACUCUCGACACUGCAAAUAGUCGAAUUAGUCAACUGGAAAAAUCCAGGCAAAUGCUCAUGCAAGAUCUCGAAGAUGCUCAAAUGGAUGCAGACAAAGCUAAUAGUAUUGCCAGUACAUUGGAAAAGAAACAAAAAAGUUUUGAUAAGAUCAUAGAAGACUGGAAGCAUAAAUGUGAUACUCUUGCACAAGAACUGGAGGCGAGUCAACGAGAUGCGCGUACCGUCGCAACAGAAUCAUUUCGCUUGCGAAACAAUUUAGAUGAAGCAUCCGAACAAAUAGAAGCGCUUCGUCGUGAAAACAAAUCACUUUCGCAAGAGCUCAGAGAUAUAAAUGAUCAACUUAGCGAAGGUGGUAAGGGUAUCCAUGAAUUACAAAAAGAAAAACGGCGUUUAGAAAUAGAAAAGGAAGAAUUACAGCAAGCUCUAGAUGAUGCAGAAGCAGCAUUGGAAGUGGAAGAGAAUAAAGUCUUACGAUCACAAGUUGAAAUCUCUCAAAUACGAUCAGAAAUAGAGAAACGGAUUAACGAAAAGGAAGAAGAGUUCGAGAAUACCAGAAAGAAUCAUCAAAGAGCUCUCGAAAGCAUGCAGGCAACUUUAGAGACAGAAGCUCGUGGACGUGCUGAACUUCUUCGCAUUCGAAAAAAGCUCGAAUCAGAUAUCAGUGAACUCGAAAUCGCUCUUGAUCAAGCAAAUAAAGCAAAUGUUGAUGCGCAAAAGAAUAUUAAGCGACAUCAAGAUAACAUUCGCGAACUUCAGAUGCGAGUUGAAGAAGAGCAACAUCAGAGAGACGACAUUCGAGAGCAAUUAAAUGUCUUGGAACGACGUUUACAAGUACUACAAACCGAAAAGGAAGAUUUGACGAUUUCUUUAGAACAGGCUGAAAGGUUUCGUAGGCAAGCCGAACUUGAAACUUCAGAUCUAAAAGAAACAGUAAAUGUCUUGACAACUGCUAAUAAUUCGCUGACAGUUGCCAAAAGAAAACUUGAUAUUGACGUACAGCAACUUCAUGUAGAAAUCGAUGAAGCACUCAGUGAACUUAAAAAUUCAGAAGAGCGCUCAAAGAAAGCUAUGAUGGACGCUAGUCGUUUAGCUGAGGAACUUCAAGCUGAACAAGAGCAUUCACAAAAUCUUGAACGUCAAAAGAAAAGCUAUGAACUUCAAAUAAAGGAAAUGCAAAGCCGACUCGACGAAUCUGAAGCAACAAUUCUUAAAGGCGGCAAGCGAAUGUUAGCCAAAUUGGAUCAACGCAUCCGCGAACUUGAGUUGGAACUUUCUGAAGAGAAUCGGCGUCAUGCUGAGGCACAAAAGAAUUUACGUAGCAAAGAUCGCCGAGUACGUGAGCUGCAGUUUCAAGUUGAUGAAGACAAGAAGAGCACUGAGCGCUUAUACGAUUUGGUCGAAAAACUUCAGGGGAAAAUAAAAACUUACAAGCGACAAGUAGAAGAAGCAGAGCAACUUGCAUCAAGCAAUCUUAUGAAAUAUCGUCAACUUCAGCACAUUCUCGAAGACGCUGAAGAGCGAGCUGAUAUCGCAGAGAAUUCGUUAGCUAAAAUGCGAGCAAAAGCUCGAUCUAACAUGCAAGGAGGUCGUUUUUCACUUGAUCUUAGUUCCUUUUUUUUGGCGAAUCUCUUUUCUUUCUUUGAUAUCGACUUUAAUCAUCUCUAUUUUUAA